AUGGCGCCUCGAAGGUCGGCGCGGCAGCAGGCGAAGAAGGCCGAGAAAGAAGCCGUGAUUGAGAUCCUUUCUUCGGAUUCUGAGCCAGAAACGCCGGAGGUCAAGGAUGACGCCCCAGGCUCAGCACCAGCCAGCGAAACCGGCGAUGAUGUUAAUGGGCAGCCACUCCUCAGAGCAGCAAGCAUAAAGUACAAGGCAGACAACACAGCGGAGGAAAGCCAGAGGCAGGACGACCCGCACUCGCCGUCAAGUCCAAAGUCGGCUGUGCGCAGCAACGACACAGGGUCUGCUAAGCGCAGCCACGUCAGUAUUGAAAUCCCGCUCCCAACGUCCUCGGCACUGCGGCGGAGGAAAGCCGGGGCUUCGGCUUCGGGAAGCCAGGAGGGGGACAGCGAGGAUGUUUUCAAGACGCCCAAGGAGAGGAAGCAGCACAUCACAUUUGAGGAUAGCGACCAUGAUGAAUUCGUUACACCCAGGGAAGGACCCUCUCGGGAUUCUUUGGAAGACAGCAUUGCCAAGACGGGUGGAAACGGAGCUGAGACGGGUGAGCGCGAAGAAGAAGAAAAAGAAGAGGAGGAGGAGGAUGACUCCGACGAUGAUGCGCCGCCGGAGGCUGUGUCCACGCGUGAUGCGGAAGCCGAGACCCUGAAAGCCGCGGAGGCUGCUGCAAAGGCCAUUGAGCAACAAGCCGCCGCGUUGAAGAGGAAACGGCAGGAACGUGAUGCGUUUCUAAAGCGGCAGGCUGAGGAGAGGAAGCGGGCUCAGAAAGCGAGCAGGCAAGAAGACGAGGAUGAAGAUGCCAACCUGGGCGGUGGCCAGGAUUUCCCGCCAGAAACGGAGAAGCGGAAACGGGAGGUGCCAAAGCUCCUCCCUCUGGAUCUACUCGAAUCGGACGGGGAAGAUGACGCGCCCCGACCACCCAGCCCGGCCACCAACGCACAACAUAAACGGAGGAAGCUUGGCGGGGCAGAGCAGACAUUACUUCGCGAACCUAAACUUCCGAAGGACAAACGGCUGGGCUCAACAGCGUAUCGGGUCGUCAAGAGCAGUGGAGACACGAGGUUGGCUCCCAAGGUGAAGAAGCAAGCCGUCAAUCUUAAGGAGACGCUGCUACGGAGAGAUCGUGUUGCCAAGCCAAGAGGGGGGUUCUUUGUGAGGAGCCGCUAAAUCACGACACUGCAAGCAGGGCGGUGGACGGCUAGCCCAUACCCGUGUGAAGGACCAAAAUGAAGGCCGGGAGUUCAUGGGCCGGCCGGACAUGCUCGGCUCUCUGUGGGACCAAUAGCCGGGUUGAGCCGGACCCAGAACGGGGGGCACACAACCUUGGCGGGGAAGCUGGAUCGACACACGAUCUGGUGAUGACGUGUUGGGUCAUUGACAAGAAAGUUUACUUUCGAUUUCUUUGCGGACGGGCAUUUAUAUCCAUCGAUGCAUGUACGGGGGCAUAAAACUCGUUAACAGGAAGGGAACUACGGAUAGUCCGGCG